GCGAGCGUUGAAGAGGCUUCUGGGAAACUCCCACGGCCCGGGGACUUUCGAAAGGAGAUAAAGACUAGACUCGCGCGCUCAAAUCUGCAAGUGAGCACUUAGCGGGGCACCUGUUCCUUCCGCGCCACCGCCUUCCCAGCCUUCGGAUCCGCGCCUCCUGGGGCGCCCGCCUGCUCCCGCGAUGAAUCCGGCGCUGGGCAACCAGACCGACGUGGCGGGCCUGUUCCUGGCCAACAGCAGCGAGGCGCUGGAGCGCGCCGUGCGCUGCUGCACCCAGGCGUCCGUGGUGACUGACGACGGCUUCGCCGAGGGCGGCCCAGACGAGCGUAGCCUGUACAUCAUGCGCGUGGUGCAGAUCGCCGUCAUGUGCGUGCUGUCGCUCACCGUCGUCUUCGGCAUCUUCUUCCUCGGCUGCAACCUGCUCAUCAAGUCCGAAGGCAUGAUCAACUUCCUGGUGAAGGACCGGAGACCGUCUAAGGAGGUGGAGGCGGUGGUUGUAGGGCCCUAUUGACCGGCCCCCCGCCCCCGCGGCAGCUGUUCCCACGCCUUCCCACUUCGCCGGCCCGGCUGCGCCCCUUACUAUCCCAGCCCGGGCAAAGCAAACCUGUCGGAGUCAAUUAUUUCUCUCGACUUCUGCCUUUCAGGAUGAAGCGACCGGUUUUUCGCUCGCCCUCUGAAAGCCCUGGUGCCUGGCUGUUGGAAAAGGAGAGCGCCCGGACUUCUGGACUCAGCAGCAAGAGGCGAGAAGAGGGCUGUUAGGGCUCUGAACUUUGGAAGCUGCCGUUGGCGUGGGAUGCAGGGAGACCGACGGGGCGGAGGCCCUUCUCCACCCGCAGGUGGGCCGAGCGCUGGGGCGGGUGGAGAGGGCGGGCAGGGGGAGACCCAGGGCACCGAUCGCCUGGUCGCCGAAAAAUGACCUACGUAUAGGCUUAUUGCCACAGACUUAAUGGGGACUCACAAACCCAUGUCCGGAUUCCUACCCACUCCCUCCC